AUGAUGGAGAGGAUAAGAAAAGAGAUGAUAUUGAUGGAGAGAGGUCUGCACAGUCCCGUUGCGGGGAAGAGGCUUGCAGACACGGCUGGAAAUUCAGUGCUGGAGGCCCUGGAAAACUCUCAGCACAGUGGACGGCUAAGCCCGAGAAUAACGUCGGCCUCUCUCCAUGGAAAUCUCGGGGACCUCCCGACCAAAGGCAAAUUUGAAAUUGACAGUCUUUUCGGUACACACCACAACAGCGAAAAUACCUCUUCGGCGGAAAUUUCAUCCACAGAAAACAGGAAGAAAAUGAGCCUUUAUCCUGAAGUUUCGCAAGACUCAGACAUGAACAGUGAUGUGGAGGUGGGAUGCCCAGCGCACCGCUCCCCGAGCCAGCACAAGGAAAACAGCAAAGGGUUUUCAGACAGUAAUUCUGGAUCUUCCAAUACAAGCUCAUCCUCCCUCUCCAAUGUGAACGGUAAUUCAGUGGGAGGAUCAAACAGUUCAAAUGCCGAUCAAGUCAGAAGGUAUCGGACUGCUUUCACCAGAGAACAAAUUGGAAGACUGGAAAAAGAAUUUUACAGGGAAAAUUAUGUUUCGAGACCAAGAAGAUGUGAAUUAGCCGCUGCACUAAAUCUGCCUGAAACUACAAUUAAGGUGUGGUUCCAGAACAGGAGGAUGAAAGAUAAAAGGCAGCGUUUGGCGAUGUCCUGGCCCCAUCCAGCAGACCCCAGCUUUUACACCUACAUGAUGACGCACGCGGCAGCCACCGGAAGUCUACCUUACCCUUUCCACUCGCACAUGCCUCUACACUACUACCCGCACGUCGGUGUCACAGCAGCGGCAGCCGCCGCCGCCGCCACCGGUGCUGCCUCGUCACCUUUCGCCACUUCCAUCCGCCCCCUCGAUACUUUCCGUGCACUUUCACACCCUUACUCACGACCAGAGCUCCUGUGCAGCUUCAGGCACCCGGGACUGUACCAGUCACCCGCAGGCCUGAAUAGUUCAGCUGCGGCAUCGGCGGCGGCUGCGGCGGCGGCGGCGGCAGCGGCGGUCAGCGCCCCGUCGGCCACCGGGCCUUGUUCGUGCCUCAGCUGUCACAGCAGCCAGGCGGCGAGCGCACUGGGCUCCAGGAGUGCCAGCGCUGACUUUACCUGCACAGCAUCGGGGCAAAGGUCCGAGAGUGGAUUUUUGCCUUAUUCUGCCGCUGUUCUCAGCAAGACCUCAGUCCCGUCACCAGAUCAGCGAGAGGAAACUUCUCUGAACAGAUAA